CUUUGACAGUUGCGAGACGUGGCGAUUUCGUGGCGUGACAGAAUCAAGAGAAAUCGGUAUAUUUUUUAGUUCUGUCGGGUUAUAACCACAAGUAAAUAUCCCGUUGGAUCAAUUUAAUGUAAUUUAAGCAGUUGUGAUAUAUUAAAUUAACAAAAUGAACCGGGGAGUGUUUUUUAUAUUUUUCGUGCUGUUUUCCUUCGCUUGGUGCGAAACAGAGGAAGAGACUGGUCCAAGACUGUUGGUGUCCAAGCAGAUUUUAAAUAGAUAUCUAGUAGAAACCAAGGAUAUUGAGGUUAAAUAUACCCUAUUUAACGUUGGAAACUCAGCAGCUGUUGAUGUUAAACUCGUGGAUAACGGUUUCCAUCCUGAAGCCUUCGAAGUUGUCGGGGGCCAUCUGAAAUCUACGUUCGAAAGGAUUCCUCCGCAAACUAACGUAACACAUGUUGUAGUAGUUAGACCUUUGAGGUACGGAUACUUCAACUUUACGAGUGCUGAAGCCAGUUACAAAGCCGCAGACGAUAAAUCUGGCAAAGUUCAAGUUUCCUUAAGCAGUGAGCCCGGAGAAGGUGGUAUCAUUGCCUUCAAAGAUUACGAUAAGAAGUUUUCUUCGCAUUACUGGGAUUGGUUGGCCUUCGCGCUGAUGACGACUCCGUCUCUUCUCAUCCCUCUUGCUUUGUGGUACAGCAGUAAAAGCAAAUACGAGAAAUUAGCCAAACCUUCCAAGAAAGGACACUAAGUGAUAGUGUUGCAUUAUUCAAUGAAGACAAGUCAUUUUUCAUUAACUCUGUUUUUUGAAGUUCCAGGUUGUUACUCUUUUUCAUGUUUUAUAUGAACUGAAUAAAUGUACAAGAAAAUUUAUUAAAUUAUUUUGUAAAUAAAUUUGUAUGAUUUCAU